UGUUCCGCGGCAUUCGAUCGAUGGCAGCGGGAAAAUCAUGGCCGGUAGUCGCGGGGUCAAUCAAGUUGGUCGUGGUCGGUCGCUGUUCCAAGCCCAGACUCUUCACAAGCGGGAAGCUACGACGCAGUGACGUAGUUGCUGCAAUCGCGCGUGUUACCCAGCCAGCCCAAAUACAAAGCUGCCUUUGCCCUCACCCGCCUUCCCUCCCACACAAACCACUCUGAUACCCAUUACCUCGAAAUACCCAUCUACCCUACCUCCCAUUGUUUUCAGCUCUGCGUCUGCAUUUUGAUACCCCACCUUGAUACCCACAGCAGCAGUCCUACACCAUGAGUUCCGUAAACCGUCCGGUGGAUUUGAAGCAGAAGGAGAAGGAUGUCAACAACAAGCUACAACUCUACGGCAUCGUCGAGGCCUUCUCCAACGGAAAGGUCCCCUCUAACCAACAGAUCGAUGUUGCGCUCAACUCGGCGCUUGCACACAGGGCACUCAACUCACCGUCUAAGAAGCUGUCGAGCGAGGGCCAGCACCUGGUCUCCGACCUGAAGAGUGUCAUCGAACAGGCCAAGAUCCUACUUCUCACCAAGAACGAGGGCAACCUCCUCCAAGACUUCAUCUGGCAGGCAGAGCACCUCGGUAGCAACAGCGCCAGUCUCCCCAAUGCUCCUGUCGAUAAGGACACAGCAAAGCAACAUGGAAACGAGGCGCUCGACGGUCUACGGACUCUCGGCACCCUAAUCAUUAGCAAUGGCCAGUUCAGGAAGCUGCUCUCCGACGCUACCGUCCUUCUCCGUGACAUGGCUGGCGAUGCCGCCCAAAACACUGCCAACAAGAUCAAGCCCUCAGAAGACCGUCUCAACCGAUUGGACGAGCCUGCUGAGGACAACACCUGGCACGACACCUCCGAUCUGAACCGUGAGAACCUCCGCAACCAAGCUAAGAACAGCCUGCCUUUCGGUAACAAGAACAAGGACGAGGCCAAGAGCGACUUGAAGGAGCAUGCCAAGGACAUCAACCAGGCUGCCAACCCAGACGGUUCGCGCGAUCCUCAACACACCGCCGAGCUCGGCGCCCAUGAGGGUCAAACUGGUCAGAGCACUGGUAUCAAUGCUCGCGGUGCGCUAGAGACUGCUAAGCAGAAGGUCGAUGCGAACACUUCUGAGGAGGACAAGAACAUGGCUCGCGCUCGUCGUGACCAAAUGAACAACUACCUCAAGGGAAAGAUGCCCGAAGAGCGUCGCGAGCAGACCAUCUGGCGUCUGAAGAAGAUGGUCGUCGAGAUUCAGGGACACCAGGAUUACCAGCGUGCCAUUGAGACUCUGCUCAGCCUUGCCGAGCAGUACUCUGGCCAUGGUAAGAACCUGGGCCAGCAGGGCAAGGGCUCUGUUCAAGGUGCGCAUCAAAAUGAUGCCCUAACUACUGCUGAAGCUGAUCUCAAGACUCUGCUCGAGCGCUUCGCUAACAACACCUCGUUCGAUGACCUUAUUGAGUCGAUUAACCAGGUCUACAAGGACGCCGACCAGGACCCCGAACUGAAGAACUGGUUCACACGCAUUAACCACUUCAUCCGUAAGACCCUACAGCAGCAGGGUUUCAUCCUAGAGGAUCGUAGCAACGAGGAGUGGAACCAGAUUUAUGACGAUGGUCACCGCCUCCUCCGUGGUCGCUACCGUGGCCACACUGACCGCAUCGCCGACGAGUUCAAGUUCAUUGGCGAGCAGUUCGAUGCUGACCCGCAGAACAAGCAGUUCGCACAAUCUGUCAACAAGCUCUUCCUUGACCUCGGUCAGGAUGAGAACGGCCAGACCGUCUUCAAGCCUCACCUUCUCAAAGAUUUGAGCGAUGUCAUCUUGCCUUCCAUCUUCGAGAACGUCCGCUACGUACCAAUCCCGCGUAUCGAGUACAGCGAUUCCAUGGUCGACGCUGUCGUUGAGAACCUUGUCAUCGAGGGUGACAACCUUGCCCCCAACUCUUUGGAGUUCGGCUCGGACAACUACUGGCGCUGGGGACGCAAGUCCAUUUCCAGCAAGAACAAGAACAAGGUUAUGCUCUCAGUUUCGGGUGUUCAAAUGGACCUCAGGGAUGUCUCUUACUACAUCAAGCGCAAGCAGGGCUUCCCCUCUAUCACCGACAAGGGUGUUAUGGACAUCUUCAUGGGCGGUUCCGGCUUCAGCUUCAAGGUCGAGAUGGAGACCGCUGACAAGGCCCGCGAAAACCACGCGCAGACCCACUUCUUCAAGGUCACCAAGGUUGAGUCUGACAUUAAGAACCUUCAGAUCAAGAUGAAGAAGAGCAACCACAAGCUUCUCUUCAACAUGUUCAAGCCUCUCCUUCUCAAGGUCAUGCGCCCUGUUAUUCAGAAGGUGCUGGAGAAGCAGAUCAAGGACUCCGCCAACCAGCUCGACGGCAUUCUUUUCGACAUCAAGACUGAGGCAGACCGUGCGGAGGCUGAGGCCAAGCGCAACCCCGACCCCCAGAACCUCCAGAACAUGUACCAGCGCUACGCCUCUGCUAUGCAGCACCGCGUUAUGCAGGGCAAGCAGAAGAAGGAGCAGGUCAAGGAGAAGGCCAGCGACACCCAGGUCAACAUGGCUGUCACUCAGCACGACUCCAUCUUCAAGAACAUCUCCCUGCCCGGAGGUAUCUCUUCCAAGGCUACCGAGUACAAGGAGCUUGCUGCCAAGGGUGAGAGGUGGGAGAGCCCUAUCUUCUCUAUUGGUUCCGCCAAGGAAACCUCCAGUCUGCCUCAGGUUGGCAAGGUCACUCGCAAGCCUCACGGUCGUGCGGGUGGCUACGGCAGCCCCGGUGAUGAGUCUCGUGGUCUUGGUGCCUCACAAGGCCUUAACCCAUCAGCAAACCAGUACGACAGCCAGUACAGCAACGCUGGUGGUCUCGGUGCUGGCCAGGGCCUCACUAGUGGCCAGGGUCUUACUGGAGGAUCUGGCCUCACUGGUGGUCAGGGUCUUACUGGAGGAUCUGGCCUCACUGGUGGCCAGGGUCUUACUGGAGGAUCCGGCCUCGCUGGUGGUCAGGGUUUGACUGGUGGUGUUCCCUCCACCACUGGAGGUAGCCACGGCUUCGGCACUCAGGUCGACGAUGCUUUCAACACUUCGGGCACCGGCGCCCCCGUCGGCUCGUCCGGCCUUGGUUCAUCUGGCCUUGGUUCAUCUGGCCUCGACUCUACAGGUCUGAACAACCCCGCUGCCACCACCACUGGCUCUACCACUCACCCCACUGGCGCUCCUGCCUCCGGAGAGUUCAACACUACUUUCGGUGACCAGAACCCCGUCUUCCAGGGCCGCGCUUAGAUGCUUGUUCGUCGACCAGUGAUACCCGGUAUGCUUGGGGGCCGCCAGUCAUGAUUACGACUUUCCUACCUUUUGAUCAUGGAUGAUACCACGAUUGCGCCACGGCGCACGCGCACAUGAGUAGCAAAUGAAAUGUUUCUUGGUUGUUCUUUCUUGUUUUCGAUGGAUCGUGGGACAUGGAGCAUAAUCGUGCCCGUAAUGGAGAGGAUGUUGCGUGGGCGGACCUUAUCCUGUUAACAGGCUUUGGUGGAACAAAAUUGCUAGUUCAUCGCUGCUGCCGUCCUACCGUAAUAAUAGCUAAUGCAUUGGUGCUUUGAAUACCCACUCCUCACUUGUUUGAUUUCAUGCCGCCUUGCUAUGUUACCUGGUAAUAUGGUGACGGCUGUCUUGAGCUAUGCCAACAUAUGUUUACACUCCAAUCUACUAGAAUAGACGCUUAUGCGCCCAACCAUACCGUGUAGCAGAGGCUGGUAUGGC